UGUGGUUUCUGCAUGAGGGAAUUAUACAUUGUAGUAGUAGUAAUGAUUAUAAUACUAAUAUAUUCUUCAAAUGAUCAAAAUCUAAAAUAAUGACAAAAUAUACAUAUGUUAUUUUAUUAUCUGAUUAAAAGUGAGAAAGCUUUCACGAUUAUUUUGAAUAUUGUGUAAGUUAAUUCCUCUGUGAAGUAAAAACGGGUCAAAUGCACUUUGGUGUCCAUGGAGUUGUUUAAUUUCAAUAUAAAGCAAUAUAUUAUUAUAAUAUAGUUUAAAGUCUAAAGUUAUGGUUUGUUGUGGAUUCAUUCUUUGCAGCCUUAACUAUAUUCCUAUAAAAUGUUUAUCUUGUUGACUUUAUUUGAGUCGUGAUGAGGACCCUCACAGACCAGAAACACACAACACGCUGGAGAUUCAGACCCUUCAAUUCACGGAGAUUUAUUGGAGCAACACACACCCGGAUAAACAAAGCUUGUUUGACAACAAGAGCCCGUUUUUUCCAUUUUAUUCCUAAACAAAGAAACAAAACAUUCCUAAAUGAGUGAAGUUUCAAGUUAUCAGAAUCAGAACCAUUUAUCUGCCAAGAGACACAUUUACAAAGUGCAAGAAAUAUGGAUGAACAGCACAUUUACAAAUUAAGUCCACAGGCGAACAGAUACUCUACACAAGUGUACUGUGAGUGUGUGUGAAAGUGAUCAAGGGUGUGUACAGGUGGAGUAGAGAGUCGAGAGGGUGUGCAGGGGAGUGAUGAGUUGAAAAAUAAUAAAUUAAUACUGCUUUAGAAAUUCCAUCCCUAUCGUCUGUACCUAAACGCACCGUAAAGUCCGCGGUCCCUUUAAACUGAAGCUCCUCCUCCUCCGCUGAGCCACGUCAUCACCCACCACAAACAAACAUGGCGACGCGCUGCACCGGCGCGGCGAUUCUGGUCGCGUUUGCUGUGAUUUCUUCCGUUUCGGCGGCUUUGUUCGCCCCCGGUUCCGGUGUAACGUGGCCGGUCGUGUCUCUGGCAGUCGCCACCGGACUGGCGUCGCUGUGGUUGCGGCGGCGGGACGACGGGACCGAGCGGCGGGUCUGCGUGCUGGUCCUGGGGGAUCUGGGUCGCAGUCCCCGGAUGCAGUAUCACGCGCUGUCCCUCAGCAAACACGGAUAUCACGUGACCUUUGUGGGGUUCUCAGAAACGAAACCUCACGAAGACGUUCUGAGACAAGAGAGAAUAAAGAUGGAGCCCAUAAGAGAAGUGAAAGGAGUUCAAGGUACAAAUACAACAUGUACUUCUUCCUCAGUUGGACCAAAGAUCUUCACGUAUGUGACGAAGGUGAUUCUUCAGACUCUGCAGCUUCUUCUUGUUCUGCUGAAGAUGGAGACUCAGUCUCACAUACUGAUGCAGAAUCCUCCUGGCCUGCCCGGCAUGGCGGUGGCCUGGCUCGUGUGCGUCCUGCGCGGCAGCAGGUUCGUCGUCGACUGGCACAACUACGGCUUCACCAUCAUGGCGCUGAGCCUCGGGGCGGCGCACCCGCUGGUCCGGCUGGCCAAGUGGUACGAGCACUUCUUCGGCCCUCUGGCCGCUCACAGCCUGUGCGUUACCGCGGCGAUGAAGGACGACUUGCAGAAGAACUGGGGCAUCGGGGCGACGACGCUGUACGACCGGCCGGCCUCCGUCUUCAGGGAGACGCCGGUGAAGAGGAGGCACGAGCUCUUCGUCCGGCUGGCCGACGCCCAUCUUCAGUUCCAGAGCAGCGGGUGUGAGGAGGACGAGCGGGUGGAGGGGACGGCCUUCUCCGUCCGUGACCUCAGUGGGGACGCGGUGACCUUGAGGGCGGAGCGACCGGCGCUGCUGCUCAGCAGCACCAGCUGGACAGAGGACGAAGACUUCUCCGUCCUCCUGGACGCCCUUGAAGAUUACGAAGGAUUCAUCAACGCAGGAGCCGCUCUGCCACCGCUGGUGUGUGUCAUCACAGGUAGGGGUCCUCAGAAGGAUCACUACAUGAAGCUGAUCGACUCCCUCCGUUUGGAGCACGUGAAGAUCUGCACCCCGUGGCUGGAGGCAGAGGACUACCCCGUCUUACUGGGUUCAGCCGAUCUGGGUGUUUGUCUCCACAAGUCGUCCAGCGGUCUGGAUCUACCCAUGAAGGUGGUGGACAUGUUUGGCUGCUGCUUGCCCGUCUGCGCCAUCCACUUCAACUGUUUACACGAGCUGGUGAAGCACGAGGAGAACGGUCUGAUCUUCAGAGACUCUCAGGAGCUCGCCGAGCAGCUCAAGUCUCUCCUCUCAGGGUUUCCCUCCUCAGACGGCAGACUGGGAGACUUCAGGAGGAACCUGCGGACCAGCAGGGGACAGAGCUGGGACGACAACUGGGACCAGAACGUCCUGCCACUGGUUGCGCCGCCCUGACGGGACCUUCAACCACCGACGCCAAGAUUAAGAAUAAAACGUAUCUGAAUGGAGUUACUGACUAAAGAGGAUUGUAAAUCUUUAAUACUUAUUAUUUUUAUUAUUAGGACCUAAAAACCUUUUCAUUCCGUUGUUUGUUUUCUACCUGAAUGUAUAAAAAGGACUUUGAUACGAUGUACAUUUGUAUAUAAAAUCUUUAUUGUGUCACCUGAA